UCAACAGCUGCUCCGUUCCUGAGCCCUCCUCAGCCUGGACCCGCUCGUACCUCCAUGAGCUCAAGCAUGACUUUGAUUCCUAAACCACGGAGCUCUCCAAACAAUGAGAAACUAUCAUCAGCAGCUUUCCUCUCAUCUGUCCUGCCUUCAUUACCGAGCUCCCAGGCCAAAUGCAUGUCCUUACCUCAGUCUCCAUCUCCGCGGCGCUCCCCCCGGUCACCCAGCCCAACACCGAGAGCCCAGGAGCAGCCUCUGUCUCCUCCAAGCUGGUCGCUGGAUCACGUUCCUGCAGCUGUCCCACCCCGGAUAUCUCAAGAUACUCCAAAAACCACCGCUCCACCUCCACAGCCCCCACAGCCCCCACCUGUGUCCCACAUGAACUACACACCCAACACCUUGCCAAAGCCGAUCUUGAAGAAGACUGUUUCCCGACCAGUGUCUCGCGCCACAGAUGAAGAUAUUCAGGGCUCGAAAGAUGCUCUCAUACAAGACCUUGAAAAGAAGCUACGGAACAAAGCUCCUCAACAGAGGACCCUUCAGAAGAUGUCUUACGAAGAGCGGAUGGCGAGAAGAUUGUUGGGAGCCGAUAAUGCCGCCUCAGUAUUUGACCUUGAAAAUUCAUUCAGUUCCCAGCCUGCACAGCCAGGCUCUCCUGAAGGUCUCCAGCCUGGAGGAAUAUGGUCCAGAAAGAAUCGUCCCGGAGAAGACGGUAUAGAUGCCUCGACCAUCCAAGAGAAGUGUUUUGCUCCUCGUUUUAUACAAGUGCCGCAGGAUCUUUCUGUUGAAGAGGGACGAUUCUGCAGGAUUGAUUUUAAG